AUUAUGACUAUUAUGAGAUGAGUCAUGACAAUAAACAUCGAUUAUCGGGAUGUAUUAAAAUAUGUUAUCAAUUAUCACUAUCACUCAGACACUCAGUAUACAGUACAGUAUACCCGUUGGCACAACAGCGGUUUUCGAUAUAACGGGGCGUUUCUACUAGAAUGAGACAAACGCAGUUGUGAUGAAUAGUGAAUACUGAGCACAAGUAUCCGGAGUAAUAGUUUAAUAUAUAUCUUAUAUUAUAAUUAUUUUAUAAAUGAUAAAAUUAUUUAAAAUUAUUAAUUAUGCCGAGAUUGUUGGCCGAUAUUAUUAAAAUUAAAAUUAAAUAUAAUAGUAUAAGUGUAUACAAUUGAAGUGGACAUAACUGUACAGUAAAGUGCAUGCAAUAAAUAGCUUAUAAAUAGUUAACAGAUUAUGAGUGACUUGUCUUAAAUAUUGUAAUCGUAUCAUAGCCGCGAAACAUUUGACGAAGAGGCAAGUCUAUCCGUUUGGAUUAAAAGGUAUACGUAAUAUACGUAUAGUAUUCGUAAAUAAAAUUUAACAAUAUGAGAGUAGCUAUAAUCGGAGCAGGAGUUGCUGGCUUGGCUUCUGCUAGAAGAUGUUUAGAAAAUGAUUUUGAACCCAUAGUUUAUGAAAGGUCGAAAAUAGUGGGUGGAACUUGGGUAUAUGAAGAACGAACCGGACUUGAUGAAUUUGGUUUGCCAAUCCACACAAGCAUGUAUAAAAAUCUAAUGACAAAUUUGCCAAAAGAAUUAAUGGAUUUUCCAAACUUUCCUUAUAAGGGUUUAGACGAUGUAUCAUAUUUAAAAUGGUGGCAAGUUCAAGAAUAUAUUGAAAAAUUUACUGAACAUUUUGGGCUUAAUAAGCACAUUCAAUUUUGUACUUUGGUGACUGCAAUUGAAAGAUUAACAAACAACUGGCAGGUAACAGUGGAAGACUUGAAAACAAAAACAUUAAAAACUGAAUACUUUGAUGCAGUAAUGGUAUGUAAUGGACACAACGCUAUGCCUUUUACUCCAGAUAUUCCAGGGAAAGAUGAUUUUGAAGGUGUCCAGAUACAUAGUCAUGAUUAUAGGAUACCUGAACAUUUUACAAAUAUGAAUGUUCUUAUAAUUGGUAGUGGUCCUUCUGGUAUUGACAUUUGCUUGGAUGUAUCCAAAGUUGCAAAUCAGGUUUAUUUUAGUCAUCACAAACCUGAAUUAAUUGAGAAAGAAUUUUCAAAAAAUGUCAUACAUUUUCCAGACGUUGAAUUAUUUUCUAAAAAGUCUGUUUAUUUUAAGGACAAAACUAAGCAGACGUUAGAUGCUGUAAUUUAUUGCACAGGAUACAAAAUUACAUUACCAUUUUUAAAACCUAGUUGCGGAAUUAAAGUUUUGAACGACAAAUUGAUUACUCCGCUUCAUAAAAAUAUCAUCAAUAUAAAUAAUCCUACUAUGGGUUUUAUUGGAUAUUUGAAUAUGACUUUUGUGUUCCGGGUAUUUGAUUUACAGGUUCGAUAUUAUUUGGAAUUUCUUCGUAAAAAUUGUUUAUCCAGGUUGGAUUAUAUGGCGACGAUGAUGACUCCGGUCAACACACACUAUUUAGGCAUCAAAUUGUUAAGUUACUGCAAAUCGUUAAUAUCAGAUAAAAUUAAAGUCGAACCAAUUCCAUCAAUAUUUUUUGAAAUUUACAUGGCAUGUCAUGAACAUAAAAUAAAGUAUUACAGGUCAUAUCAUUCAUCGGUCAUUAGAAUCAUCAACAAUAAUAAUUUUGUAAUUGAAUUCAAUGUAGAAAAUGCAAAAAAUAAAUAAAGUACGAACGUAAAUA